CAUCCUAAAGAAAUGGACUACAUUCCAAAUAUUUCUCUCUUUAAACUCUUGUUAUUGUUGAUUCGUAAUAAAGGACAAGAUGAUAUUCAAAAAUUUAUUAUUGAAUCGGAUCCUGAUAAGAUUGGUCUAGUUAAAAUCUGGGCACAACAACGAAAAUUGGCAUCGUUAGCAUUUCAUCGAGCAUUGAACCCUAAAAUGACUGGAGAAUGCACUAAUGAAUUUAUAACUUUGUUAAGCAAAAAGACUGAUACUCCGAUGGAU